AUGCCCGGCGCUGCCGCCGCUGCUCUCCCAGGCGAGGCGACGGACUUCUCUGAGAGUUUCUUCCCGCAGGGUGGGAAAGGAGGAUCCAAGGGUCCUCUGGGGUGCUUGUCCAGCACAGCUAAUGCUGUGAAGGCAGCGCUCGCCCGUUCGCCCGGCGGCACUCCUGAGCCGAAGAAGUCGAGAACAGAGGACAUCAUGGACGUCGAGUUUCAUCCCGCGCCAGCCUUUCCAGGCGCGGGCAGCGGGAACGCAGAGCCGAGCACUGCUGCCUCUGCAGCGGUCGCUCCCGGAGUGGGCCUUUCAAGUGGCCAUUCCGGCGCAUGCACAAAGGCUCUUUGGGCGGCAUGCAUGUGGCUCCCGGGAUCAGCCCUGGUUGCGGCGGUCCCGGUGCUGAGCCGAGCGCCGCUGCCGUUGCGGCGGUUGCUCCCAGCGCUGGCCACGGGUGGCGGCCCUGGUGCAUGCAACGGCCCUUCGGGUGGCAUGCAUGCGGCUCCCGGGACUGGCCCUGCGGGUGGCGGCCCCGGUGCGUCUUUCAUGGCAUCGAGCAGUGCUGCUGGCCAGAUCGAUCCGAUCAUGGCAAAGCUGGAGCAGAUGACGAUGAAAAUGGAAGGCAUGAGUUCUCAGAUGUCGCACUUGCUGACCCAGGACAAUCUGAAACAGGAGUUGAACGCUUUCCACACUGCCAUUCGCCAGGAGACAAAGGUUGAAAUUUCAGAUGCAGUUGACCCGCUGAAAGACGAGAUGAACACGUUCCGGGAGCGUUUGCAGGCAGUCGAGGCGCGUGGAGAAUCCAGCAAGCUGUCUCCGAAAUUCAUGCAAUUUCUCAAUUCGAUGGAUGCAUCCCAUCGUCGAGUUGCCUAUGUCGGUUUCUCGGACAGCACGAACGCCGCAGCGAGACUGCAGACGAUUGAAGACUUUGUCAAGCAGCACGCAGGCGGAGAUAACCUGCACGUCAAGCCGGCCACGUCGCAGGCGAACCAGCACAGGAAUUGGGCUUUGCGCAAAGCGAGCGAUUUGAUCACAACUCGUGUUCCUGCAGAGGCGAACGUUCGCAUUGAUUUUAAAGCUCGCACUGUCAGCGUCGACUCCUCGAAUGCAUUUGAGCAGGGGAAGUCUGAUUUGACAGGCACGUUUCUAAGCCGUUUCUCCGAUCUGAAGAUCGAGUAG